AUGGCAAUGAUAUCAUCCUUCCCACUUCACCAUGAUGAUUACGUUCAUGAUGUGUCAUUUGAUUUCUAUGGAAAGAGGAUAGCAACGUGUUCCUCAGAUUAAAAGAUAAGAAUUUGGGAGUAAAAAAACAUAGAUGGGAAAAUAGAUUGGAUAUUGACUGAUGACCUCACUGGUUCAAAGGGACACUCUGGCGCAGUUUUAAAAGUUAAAUGGGCAGAUCCAGAGUUUGGGUAGAUAAUUGCAUCGAUUGGUUACGAUAAAUAGAUAAUGGUUUGGGCCGAGGAGGAUGCCAAAGACUUUGGUAAAAAGACAUGGGAUAGAAAGUUCGCUCACUUUUAAAAGGAAAUAGUCGAUAUAAAAUUCGCCCCAAAACAUUUAGGUUUAAUGCUAGCUGGUGCUUCGACGACAGGUAUAGUAAAAAUAUAUGAAGCUACAGAUCCAAGUAAUCUAUCAAGUUGGCAAUCAAUCUUCGAAAUAAAGACUAAUUCACUUGGAUGUAAUUGCAUAUCAUGGAGUAAUGCUUUUGAUGAACCACCAAUGUUUGUCGUAGGAUGUAAUGAUAUCUAGUAAAGUUCUCAAAGUCUUGCUUUGAUUCAGUAAGAGCAAUAAUAAAAAGAACAACAAGAAAUAAUGGAAGAAUCUUUGGUGCAGAUAUAUUGCUAAAAAGAAAGUUAAAACUACUCACUCUAUGCUAAAUUAUUUAAAAAUGGGCACACUGCAACUAUCAAUGAUGUAGCAUGGGCUCCUUUGAUGGCCAGAUCAUAUCAUAUGAUUGCAUCAUGCUCACGUGAUCAAAAUGUUAUAAUAUGGAAAGUCAUUACAAGAAAUAUAUUUGCAGGUGAUCAAGGAAUUCUAGAGCAUCCAAUCGUAGAAAUUAUGACUAAAUAUGAUUCUCACAAAGCUGAAGUAUGGAGAUUGAGUUGGAAUAUGCUAGCAACAUGUUUAGCAAGUAGUGGUGAGGAUGGAACAGUCAGAAUAUAUAAGAAAAAUAUUAAGGCAAUGGCAUAAUAGUAGUUGUCAUCUGAUAAAAAGAUCGCUCUGCUAUAGUAGCAAUCCUUAAACACUCUACUAUGGGAGAAAACUCAUAAAUUAGAAUUCAUGUUGAAGUAAUAAAUGGAAAAGAAAAAGCGUGAUGAGAGAAGAUUUGCCAAGAAACUUGUUAGAUUAGCUAAAUAUUUAGAAAUUAAAGGAUUAAAUGCUACAGAGAUUGCAUAAAUGCUAAGAAAGACAAAUGAAGCCUAGGCUUUUGAAUUUAAAACUGAAUCUAAGUAGCAUCUAUCAGGUGAUAAAACUUUUUCUCAGUAAGCUAAGAAGAAGUAUGAAUCAGACUCAGAGGAAAUUGAAGAUAUUGAUAUGCAAUUGUAAAGAAAAAGAAUUGAAAAGGAGAAAUAGAAGAGAUAGAAGAUAUAGUAAAAGCUUUCAUAAAAUGGGAAUGAUAUAUAAAAAGUAAUUGAUGAGACUGAUAGUGAUAGUGAUUUUGAAAACAUAAAAAUGUACACUCGCGGCGAGAGAUAGUACCUUGAAGAUUAUCUAACAUUAGGGGAAUUAGGAGGUAAAAUCCCACCAAGUAUGCUUGUAAAUGUCAAUUUUGAAAAAUUCGCAAGAGAAAAUGGAUUUGAAUUAAUUGAUUUUGAAGGAAACCUCAACCAAGAGAAAAAAUAGCUACAGUGA